AUGGAUAGCCUAUAUAUUUUCAUUUUUAUCUUUUUAUUUAUCAUUUUUUGUUUUUAUAUUUUAUAUAAAAAUAAAAUUAAUAAAAAUAAUAAUAAUAAUAAUAAUAAUAAUAAUGAUAAUAGUGAUAAUAAUAAUAAUAAUAAUAAUAAUAAUAAUAAUAAUAAUAAUAAUAAUAAUAAUAAUAAUAAUAAUAAUAGUAAUUAUAAUAAUAAUAUUAAUUUUAAUAAUAAUAAUAGUUAUUAUAAUGACAAUAAUAAUAAUAACUAUAACUAUAUUAAUAAUAAUAAUAAUAAUAAUAAUAAUAAUAAUAAUAAUAAUAAUAAUAAUAAUAAUAAUAAUAAUAAUAAUAAUAAUUAUAAUCAUUAUAAUUUUAAUUAUAAUAAUAAUAAUAAUAAUAAUAAUUAUAAUGAUAUUUAUAAUAAUAAUAAUAAUAAUAAUAAUAAUAAUAAUAAUAAUAAUAAUAUUACUUUAAAUAAUUAUAAUAACUACAGUAGUUAUUAUGAUAAUAAUAAUAAUGAUAAUAAUAAUAAUAAUAAUUAUAAUAAUAAUAAUUAUAAUAAUAAUAAUGGUAAAAAUGGUGUAAGAUAUUUACCAUCUCCUUUUUUCAAAGAUACACCAACAAAAGAAACACAAGAAAGAACUACCCCAAACUUUAUUCCUUCAAACAUUGCCUCUAAUGAUAACAAUAAUAACAAUAUCAAUAAUAAAAAUAGUAACCAAUCAUUAGAGUCAAAUCCAUUAGUUUUAGAGAUUCUUAGAAGGGAUAAAGAACAAACUGAAAGAGAGAAGGCAAGAAAAGCUCUCAGAAAAGAAUUAUUAGAUUUUGAAAGAGAAAUCAGAGAAUCUGAACGUUCAGAAAGACUAAUAAGAGAAAGACAAGAAAGAGAACGUUUAGAAGUUUUAGAAAGAGAAAGAGAGCAUCAAGAAAGGGAGCAUACCCAAUAUUUAUUAAGAAUCGAAAGUGAACGUCAAGAAAGGGUACGUCAAGAACAAAUAGAGAGAGAAAGAAUUGAAAGAGAGAGAAUAGAAAGAGAAAGAGUUGCAAGAGAGCAACAAGAAUGGGAACGUGCCCAAAUUUUAUUAAGAGAAAGAGCUGCAAGAGAGCAGCAAGAAAGGGAGUAUGCCCAAAAUUUAUAUAGAGAAAGAGUUGCAAGAGAGCAACAAGAAAGGGAACGUGCCCAAAAUAUAUUAAGAGAAAGAGUUGCCAGAGAGCAACAAGAAAGGGUACCUAUGGAAACAAUAGAAAUAGAAAGACAACCACAAAUAGUUUCAAGAGAAUGGGAAGAUGCCGACAAUUUAUUUAGAGAAGUAGUUGAAAGUAGAAAUGCCCGUCAAUUAUUUAUGGAAAGAUUUUCAAGAGAGCAAGAAGAACGUAAUCGUUACAUAAAUUCAGUAAGAGAACGAUUACAAGAAAUGCAACAACGUGCAAAUAGAAGAAAUAUAGAAAGAGAACGUGCCCAAUCUCCAUAUACACAAGAAGAACAUCAAAGGGUACGUGGAGAACAAUUCGAAGCCUUAAGAUUGCAACAAGAAAGAUUACAACAAAUAAGAUUGCAACAAGAAGGACAACCACAACAAAUGGAACAAGACGAAGACGAAAACAUCUGCACAGUUUGCUUUAAUCAGGUAGAGGCCAUUAAUAGUGCAUCAAUUGAUUGUGUUCAUAAAUUUUGCUUUGAAUGCAUUACUAGAUGGUAUUCUCGUACUAGAACCUGUCCAACUUGCAGACAACCAAUUUCAAGUAUUAGAAGAGAUAUUCAAAAUGAGGGUUUAACAAAUGAUUCUAUGAACAUUGAUUAA